GCGAUACGUUGUCAUCAUUAAUAAUAAUAAUAACAUUAUGACUCUCGGCCGGGGUCAACGAGUGUGUUGAUAACGCAAAUUUUCCGAUAUUAUUCCGGACUCGGUCGUCUGCCAAUCCGUUCGGUGUCGUUCGUAUUUCACACGAGCGUAGACGUACAAGUCACGCGUCCGCCCGCUUACCAGUUACCUUAUACCUGCGACUGUUACACCGGGAGCAACUACCUAGGUCGUCGAGCGAUUAGCAUUCAUUCCGGCUAGCGUCCGACGGUCGGACCGGCGAUGGCGCUCUGUUUGUUUGACGUUUCCGACUCCGGACGACGCGUCCAUCGCACGGGUCACCGGUGUCCGGUCUCGUAGUCCUCUUCAAACCACCGCUGCUCACUCACCUAUGCGUCAGCGUGCGUCGCCGUCGAUCGCCGUUCGCAGCUCGCAGACACAGCACGAUGGAUUGCGCGUCGACUCUGUAUUCCCAUCGCAACAACGGACUGAUGACCAGGUCGCUGGAGAAACUGUUGGAGGACGCACACCUGUGCGGCGAGUUGAAACUCGGCGGCCGCAAACUAAAGGAAUUCCCGGUGACGAAUAAAUACGAUUUGUCCGACACGACCAUCGCGGAUCUCUCUAAAAAUUGCUUCACACACUUUCCAGCCGAGGUAAUCAAAUUCUGGUCAUUAGAAUCUCUAAACCUGUAUCAUAAUGCUAUACGAUCGAUACCAAAUACAGUCACAUCACUUCAAUCAUUGGUGCAUCUUGAUCUCAGUCGGAACCGUUUAACAUGUCUACCAUCAGCUAUGUGUCAGUUACCUCUUGAAAUCCUAUUAUUGUCCAAUAACAAACUUAAACAGUUACCCACCGAAAUUGGAUUCUGCAAAACUCUUAUUGAGUUAGAUGUAAGCUGUAAUGUGCUUAUUAAUUUACCACCACAGUUGGGUCAACUAUCCUCAUUAAAAUGUUUAAACGCACAAAAUAAUCUACUUAUUGAGUUACCAUUAGAAUUAACAUAUAUAAAAUUAGCAAGAUUGAAUGUCAGUUUGAACCGAAUAUCAUCUUUACCUGUUGAAUUGCGAUUAAUGUCAUGUCUGGAAUGUUUGGAUGUAGCCAAUAACCCAUUGGUGUCCCCUCCAACUGCUGUUUGUAUUAAGGGUCGUAUUCAUAUAUUUAAAUGGUUGGAAUUGAAAAGCAUUAAAGAAGGCCGAAAUCGAGGAUCAUCGUGGAAGUUCAACUCUCUUAAGAGCAAUAAUCAUAGUUUAGACAGCAACAUGGACAGUUUGACUUUAUCUGAAACAACUAGUCUCGUACAUUCUUCAGAUGAAGGUGCAAAUGGAAGCAUGGAAUAUUUGAACAAACCUGAUAGAAAACAUAGGGAAACAAACAGAUACAAUAACAAUGCAAGCCCUGAAAUUGUACAUGUUAGUAAAAGCAACGGUAAUAUGUCAACAAAUGCAAAUAAAAUAUACUCUAGCAACAAUAAUGGUAUCAAGGUAAAUGAUAAGCCAACACAUCACACACAAAGCUAUAGAGAAUACAAAGAGUUCCUUAAACAACAACGUGCCCAAGAAUCUAUUUAUAAAGGAAAAGUUCAAAACCCAGACAAUAAUUAUGAUCAAAAGGAUAUCCGUCCAUACACUAAACCAAGUACACCUGAAAUUGUAACGACUCCAGUCAAUAAUUUAUCAUUACCAAUGUCAUCAAAUCCUACUAGUCCAAAUGUUUGGUCCAAGAAUAACACACAAAUCACUAAAAAUAAACUUCAGUUCACAAUGAAACGGGAGUAUGAUAAAGCAAGAGAAGAGGCAGAACUUGUGAAACAACUACGUAAUACUAUUGAAUCACGCUUAAAAAUGUCUCUACCAAGUGAACUGUCACCGGCGCUUAAUGAUGGAGUUGUGCUUUGUUACUUAGCAAACCACGUUAAACCGAGAUCUGUAGCUAGCAUUCACGUACCUUCACCAGCUGUGCCCAAACUUACCAUGGCUCGGUGUAGACGGAACGUUGAUAAUUUUUUGGAAGCAUGCCGUAAAAUUGGUGUGAAUGAAAAACUGAUUUGUUGUGCUGUGGAUAUUCUGGAGGGAAAAGGAAUUGUUCAAGUUGCCAUCACCGUAGCUGAACUUUUGAAAUUCCAUACAACGAAAACGCAACCUCAAACUGGACACGUGCCAUCACUUUUAAAUGUAUAAGAACAACACUAAUGGAAACGAUCUAUGAAUGAAGAAAAUGUGACUGACUGUUAUGCUCAUAAAUGAAAUGCUAAUGUGGCAUUGAAGACUGUUUUAAUUCACCUGUUAAGCAUAUAAAAAUCCUCAGAAAUUUCAUUAUGAAGCUGAGUUAAUUUUAUAUAUUUUUUUAUAAUCAAAACUAUAUCGAUCAAUUAAAACUCAAAUUUAGUGUACACUACUUAACAUUUUUUAUCGAGCGUAUAUUUAGUGUUAAUUUAUUUUUAGUCAUUUUGUUGACAAAAAAUAGUUAUUUAUUUAUUUAUUCUAAACUUCCUAUAGAGCCUGUGUUAACAAAUAAAGUUUCGCCAUUCCUAAAUAAAUUGGCUGUAUGUUAUUCUAGUUAA